GACCGUCAAAGCUGUCAAUCAUGAUCAAGCUCUGUUCUUAUUGGGUGUAGGAAAAGACGAGCGUAACUCAAAUUGACGUCAUCACGCACAUAUCCGACCUGUCCUUGAAGCUAAACAGAGUCAAGAUGGUCGCAUACUGGAGACAAGCAGGCCUCAGCUACAUCCGCUUCUCAGCUAUCUGUGCCAGCGCGGUGCGAGCUGCGAUGAAGCCGCAGUUCCAGGUCGCUGCGUUGAAGGCCGCAGAGUCCAACGUUAAAGUGGUCAAACCCAAAACAGCAUGAUUUGGGACCGUGAUGUAGAUAGUUAUUCCUGGAGUUGUGAGGUCCUGUCACAGUCCUGUCCUGCACACCGUGGAGAAGGG